CUUUUCUACAAAUUCACAGGGAUGAUAGAAAGAGAAGACGUCAUGGAGUGUUCCCGAGCGUCCUUGCAAUGAGCAUCAUUUUAGAAUUAUCCGACAAUUUUCACGGACGGGAGUUGCAAUGAAGGCGGGGGCCUCCUCCAUGUGGGCGUCAUGUUGCGGGCUUCUGAACGAGGUGAUGGGCUCAGGUACGGUCCGUACACAGCAGCCGGGCUUCGGAGCUGGAGCCGGGCCAUUCCGCUUCGCCCCCAGUGCUGGAUAUUCCACCUACCCCCCCAGCAGCACCACAUCAGGAACCACAGGCCUGGUGUGCAAAGCCUGCGGACUGGCCUUCUCCGUGUUCCGACGAAAGCACAUUUGUUCGGACUGUAAGAAGAGCUUCUGCUCUCUGUGCUCUGUGCUGCAGGAGAACCUGCGCCGCUGUGCCACCUGCCACCUGCUGUGGGGCACGGCCUUCCAGCGGCCACGCUUAAUGCGACUCCGCGUUAAAGACCUGCGGCAGUACCUCACGCUGCGAAACAUCAACACGGACACCUGCAGAGAGAAAGAGGACCUGGUGGACCUCGUGCUCUGCCAUCUGGGUGCCGAGUUGGAGAUCGGAGAACAUGGUGAGGAGGAGGAAGAGGAGGUGGAAGGGGAUACAGACAGAAUGCCGUCACUCCCGUGCUCUCUUUCCACUCUGCCUGCCUCUGCCACGCGCUCUGCAUCACAGCAGUCGGCACUAUCCGCAACCGCCUCUCAGGGAGAAGCUCUCAGUCGCAGUGAUAGCUCAGGGACAACCAGUCAGGACCAUGGAGAUGCUGCAUCAGUUUCUCUCCUCAACCUGGAGCCUCAUGAGGAGAUACUGGAGCAGGCGAGCCCGGCAUCGCAGAGACGGGCGCGCGCCUCCCUCUCAGACCUGUCUCACGAAGAAGACAUUGAGAGUCUGACUGUACGGCAGCUGAAAGAGAUCCUUGCACGAAACUUUGUCAACUAUUCAGGUUGCUGUGAGAAAUGGGAGUUGGUGGAGCGUGUCCAUCGACUUUACAGAGAGAACGAACACAACAGAAGAUCCAUGGACAAUGUUAGCAACAUAUCUGCAGUUAUAGUUUACCCUCCACCUAUAUGCAAUGGAGGUACUGAAGAUGGCAUGCAAGUGGCUCAGCUGGGCGGCGUUGAUGAGAACCUGUGUCGCAUCUGCAUGGAUGCUGUUAUAGACUGUGUUCUGCUUGAGUGUGGUCACAUGGUCACCUGCACCAAGUGUGGCAAGAGAAUGAACGAGUGCCCCAUCUGCAGGCAGUAUGUGGUGCGGGCAGUGCACGUCUUCAAAUCUUAACACUGGGCCACUACUGGAAAAUCAAAACACUACUGGACUAAGCAGUAUGGGGCCAUGGAUCAAGUCACUACCUUUAGUUUCACGCUGAAUUAAAGGGAUAGUUCACCAAAAAUAUAAAUUAUUUUAUUAUUUACACACCCUCAUGUCAUUUCUAACCCAUGUAACUUUCUUUUGAAGAAUGUAUGAGUCGUUUUUUUCCAUGCAGUUAUAAUGAAAGGGAAUUGUAGAGUUCAAACUUGCAAAAUGCAGAGAAAUGUAUCAUAAAAGUGGUCAAUAUGACUUGGGUACUAAAUUCCUUGACUUCUGAAGUCAAACAAUAGCUUUGUGUGAAGAACAUGCCAAAAGAUUUCAUUAUUCACUUAAAAUAUUCACGUCCACCCUAGAUGUCCUUGGCACAUUCAUGAUGGAAGUAGCGAUUCAUGAACGAAUCAUUCUUUUGAGGCAGGUCUUUUAAAUGAAUUGGCUGAUUUGGUUGAAACCAACAUUAAAGUGAGUAAAUUAUGACAGAAUUUUCAUUGUCGGGUGAACUGUCCCUUUAAAGUAAGGGAAGUGGUACUGCGCACACACUUUCGAGUGCAAGCAUUUCCUGCUGGCUGUUUUAUUUGGUGAUUCAUUGACACUGUACUUGUGUUUGAAUCAAAUCUGUGGUUAGUAAACUAGGGAAGAUGGACUUUAGAGGAAAAAAGUAUAUUAAGUUUAAAUGGUUUACAUUAUUGUAAACAUUCUGAAAUGUUUUAUUGUAUGUGCAAUAUUAGAGUUCUUUACAUGUGCGUGUAGAGAAACCGAUUGCCAUUAAGAUGCAUGUUGUCAUAGCGACAGUGAAGGGAGAAUGUAGGUGCCAAAGUAGAAAUGUGCAGAAUGGCUUCUGGAUUGUUUUUAUGUGCUAUUAUUAAAACCUUUAUUUCCCAUGUACUGAAUCUGCUACUGCCACAUGCCACAAUUUAGUAUCCGUAACACAGGAUCAAAUGACCAGCGAGCAGUGGAGUUAUCUACAGCAACAGUGACUGCUAGUUGAAAGAAAAUACAUUUCAUAUUUUCAAAGAGUCACUGGAAUCCAGCAUCUGCCAUUAUGUAGCUUAUCACUGGAACCUCAAUUACUUUUUAGCUUCAUCCAAUUUUGCAGUACCUGUAAGACAAUAAAUGUGUGGUUAAUCUGCCUCCAUUGUGCCAUGUGAACAUAAUAUUUAAAGUUGCACCAAGUAUUUUUUGUGAUUGUGCAUCUUUUUAUACAUAUUUAGGUGUAAAACUUUUUGAAGUGGAAAAAAUAACUUGGUGCACCUUAAAUUGGCCUCAUGCCAUGAUAGGUUUUGAUUAAAAAAAAAAAUCAAUUUCUCUGUUGGUCGAAGAGACAAAUCUGCUUUGUUGUUCUUCAUCUCAAGCAAUACAAUGACUCGGAAGUCCAUUUUUUUGGUGUGUUUUGUGGCCACACAAACCUGUGUACAUUUCAAAGAUUUCCACCAGCGGUGCUACGUGCAUUUAUGUAUCACAGUUCUCUACUGGGUUUGCACAAAAAUUGCAGAUUCUACUUUGGUUGAAUCCACUGUUUGUUUCUUUCCCCUCUUUUGUGAAUAUUGAAGUCUUAUAGAUAAUGGUAAGUUAAUGAGAGGAAAUUGUCAUACAAUUCCUCUAGAUGCCCUUUGUUUUUCGGUGAAUUAUGUAGUCAAAUAUAAGUUAGAAAGUCUGUGGUAUUGCCUAGACAAACAAAUAUAAUGGAAAAUUUAACCUAUUAAUUGCAUCAUUUUAUAAAAAUGUAAAAACAAGAUGUACCUCAAGUAUAUGCAUAUAUUUAUACUCAGUCCUUUUCUUUUUUUUUCCCCCAUCCUCUUCGUUUCAGUUUUCCCUAGAAUGUCAACAGCAUUUAUUUAGUAGGUCAUCUUUUACACCACCCAAAAAGAAAAUACUACAGGAGAAUUGAUAGCUUGUAUUUUUCAAACUUUUUUUUCCCUUUUUUUUUCUGGUGUUAAAACAUUUCCACCACUGUCUACCCAACACUGACACUGUGCAUAUGUGUAUGUUUCUAAUGCUGCUAUCUUUAAAAGAUGUCACUUGGUAGUAGGCAACUACUCUAGCUGAGUAUACAAUGGAAAAGAUUACACCCUCAAAAUUAAGUGAGCGCUUUAAGAAGUUUUGGGUCUGGUCUUUGUAGUUUGGAAUGUUGCACUUUUUAUUUUGGUAAUUCAAAAAUUAUUUAUUAAAUUGAAAAAUAUAUAUAUGGUACCUUGAACUAACAAAAUAAA